AUGGCUCAAGGAAGCACGCCCCAUAGGGUUGCCGUCCUCGACGACUAUCAGGGCCUGUCAGUGUCUCAUUUCGAUGCUCUCGACAAGGCUGUCUUCGAUGUGACGGUGUUCAGGGACACUUUGUUGCCGUGGAACCACCCGGAUACGCCCCAGCAUGUGAAGGAGGCGCUUGUCCACCGGUUGGAGCCGUUCCAUGUUAUCUGCACCAUGAGGGAGCGUACUCCCUUUCCUAAAGACCUCAUCGCUCGUCUCCCCAAUCUCAAGCUGCUCCUGACCACUGGUCUGCGCAACAGCUCGCUCGAUCUCGGCUUCUUCAAGGAACAGUCAAUACCCGUUGCUGGCACGGCUGACAAGUCGACCGGCACGCAGGUUGGUACCAACAGCACCACCGAACACUGCGUCACCCUCGUGCUGGCGCUCGCCCGCGGCAUCGCCCGCGAUGAUGCUGCCGUCAAGGCUGGCCUCUGGCAGACUGGCUUUGCCACGGGUCUUACGGGCAAGACCUUUGCCGUGGCCGGGCUCGGUCGUCUGGGUGUAGCGACUGCCAAAAUCUUGCGCAUGGCUUUCGGCAUGAGGAUCAUCGCCUGGAGCCAAAACCUCACUCAGGAGAUUGCCGACGAGAAGGCCAAGUCGGCAGGGUUCCCGGUCGAGGACCCCAGCGGCGAAAAGACAUUCAAGGUCGUCAGUCGUGCGGAGCUCUUCAGCGAAGCCGACGUCCUGAGCGUGCAUCUCGUCUUGUCGGAUCGUACCCGUGAUCUGAUCAAGGUGGAUGACCUGAAUCGCAUGAAAAAGAAUGCGCUCCUCAUCAACACAUCGCGCGGACCCCUUAUUCACGAGGGUGACCUUUUGGCCAUUCUGAACAAGGGGUCUAUUCAGGGGGCAGCACUUGACGUCUAUGGAAUCGAGCCUCUGCCUGCUGAUAGCGAAUGGCGCACAACUAAGUGGGGUGAGGAUGGACGCAGCCAAGUCCUUCUGACGCCUCACAUGGGAUACGUCGAGCCAGGCACCUUGAACGCUUGGUACGGCCAGCAGGUCGACAACGUCAAGAGAUGGCACGAAGGUGACGUUCUCGUGAACCCACUGGCGUGA